AUGAACUGCAAGUUGGGAUCAGACAGUCGCAAUAACUACGAUCCACUCGCAUCCCGACGGCUCGAUCCGUUCGUCCUAGAGGCGUUGAUUCUCGCCUCCCCCCCCCCCCCCAUGACUUCACAAUCCCGCCGCGAGCGGGCCUUCAGCGAAAGAGCGCAAUCCAUGCCCGUAGGAGCUUCGCAAUUACCCGGGAUUAGGGAACGCACCCUUUCCGCUCCCGCGGAGGUCCUAUGCAAACCGGACAAUGGGCGAAGACCGAGUGCGGGGACCAAGGUUGGCCACACGCUGGUCGAGGAAGACGAGAGUGCCCCCGGAAUGGAGGCGAACACCGGCGCAUUGAGGCCAUCUCACUCCCGACGAAAUGACGAGGAACCGUCCAAGACCAGCUUUCCUGAAGUGACCAUUGCCGUGGUGGGGGAAGACGAUGCCGGGAAGACCAGCUUUAUCAAAUGUGCGCUGGAUAUGAAGAGCCCGCCCUCUUCCACCUCGACGAGGAAGAAGAUGUCAUUAGACGGAGCGGUCUACAUCGUGCGUCUGCUGGAGAUCGAUCUCAAGCAGGUCGCCAUUGACCGGGACAAAAAAAUCAGCUGGCCGCGCGUAGGCAGAGAUGCCUCGGUGCCAACCGUCGAUGGAGCCCUGCUCCUGUAUGACUCGACUCAACCCAAUAAGCUCUCGGAAACCACAGAAAUGCUCGCUCGUCUCGCGCACAUGCAACCGACACCAUCUGCUGACACUCGGACUUCUCUAGAUGCUCUGGAUGUAUCGCCACUUCCAUUCUUGCUGGUUGCCUGCAAAUGCGAUCUCCGCCCGGAGGACAGCCAACUCAGCGCGGUGCACGAACAACACGAGAUCUACCGAACAUCCCCCGAGUCCCCGCGAUCCCAGCAGAUGUGUAUUGCUCUGGUGUUGCGAAGUGUAAUUUCUAAUCGAGGUAUGUAUUGUGUGUCAUGUGUGCUCUAUGCCUUUUCUGAACAUCCCGUCUUUGUACGAGACCAUGGAGCUGGGGUGCGGAUUGUACUUCUCCCAUACUCUUCCUCCCCCUCCCCCGCGGACCACGACAAAGUCUUUUCAUUCCACCCCUGCUCACGACUGGCACCACGUCCGUGCCAAUUCAGAAACCCCCCCCCCUUGACCGGAGCCGCUGGCGGCUCAACAAAGUCGGGUCAAGAUCGAAGUGUUGAUAGGAACGGGGGUAACCGUCUGCCCGCCGACCGGAGCCACUCCUCCACCCUGGCGCAACAGCAUGCUUCAAGUUCCUCUCGAAAUGCCAGAAGCAAUUCCCAACCGGUGCGACCGCAAACUCCUCCGCCUGAGGCACGCUUGAACGCCCGUCGACCGUCUGCACAAGGGGAAAUCAACUCUCCGGUUCAGGAACACGCCCGCCAGCAGAGAGUGCAAAGUACCUGGCGAAAUAGUGGGGGUUCAGACACCUUCAACAGCUUUUUAAACAUGGAUGAAGAAAUGGACGAAGGACGGCCGAUGAGUCCAGGCACCGUCGUGCGUCCUAAGCCGAGCAGCGAAAGCAGCUCCUAUGCUGAGACCGGCAUGACCUUUGACGAGCUCGUGGAUCGCCUGGUCGCUCUUCCCAUGUCGAAGCAGGACUCGAAAUUCUCCUCCAUCUUCCUCUGUCUAUACCGCAAAUUUGCCGCCCCCUCAACUCUCCUCAAUGCCUUGAUCAGUCGCUUCGACAAGAACGAAACCAGCAAUGCCGAUCAAUUGGCCCGCAUGGCAGAUCAGCUGCGGUUACUAAAUGUCAUCGCCCUGUGGGCCUCUGACUAUCCAGGCGACUUCGCAUACCCCAAAACUCGCAAACGAAUCAAUGACUUCGUUGCAACGCUCGAAAAGAGCCAUUUCUACAUGUUUGCUGCCAAGGAAAUUGGAUCAUAUCUUGACUCCAAUGCCGAAGACGACGAUGUCGGCUGGGCAUUCCAGGAUGGGGAGGCCGAUGACGCUAGUUUCACGGAGACUUUCUUUGACAACUCUGGGCGAAGCUCUCCGGUGCCUUUCCUGACUGGAACAUAUGACGAUGAUGACGAAGAAGAAGAAGAUCCCAUCUACAGCAUGAACGCCUUGGAUCUCAGCGACGGGCCGCAAGAUUCGACAUCCCGCCUCUCGGGGAACUUGUCUAUCUCCUCUAAUACCGAUAAACCCUCGAGCACUUCCAACCAAUCCUUUACCAUCCUGAGCCUAGAAGCUGCGCAGAAAGAGGCCCUGCGCCUCGAACUUACUGGCAAGACUUCGCUAAGCAAGAUCCAAUGGCGUUACUUUAUGGAGACUCCCGAAGAGGAGUUUGCCCGAGAGCUGACGCGCAUUGACUGGAUUAUGUAUAACUCGUUCCGGCCACGUGAUCUCGUUCGGCAUGUGAGCAUCUCCGGCGUGGACAAAGACAAGAUCCGGAGUCUGCGGAAUGUCAACCGAAUGAUCAAACAGUUCAACCACCUGGCAUUCUUCGUGGCAAGCAUGAUUCUUCUUCGAGACAAACCCAAGCAUCGAGCAAGGUGUAUGGAGAAGUUCAUGGGCAUCGCAGUAAAACUUCGACGCCAGAAUAACUAUAACGGAUUGGGUGCCGUGAUUGCCGCUAUCAACGGAACUCCUGUCCACCGAUUGACGCUGACUCGGGAAUUGAUCCCCGUGCAGACCCAAAAGGAGUUCAUGCGGCUGGUCAUUUUGAUGAGCACCCAGCGAAGUCAUUUCGCCUACCGCCUCGCCUGGGAGAACUCCUUCUCCGAACGUAUCCCAUUCCUUCCUCUCCACCGUCGAGAUCUAGUGUCAGCAGAAGAGGGCAACAAAACUUUCCUCGGUGAAAACAAAUCUCGGAUUAACUGGAAGAAGUUUGAGGUCAUGGGCGAAGUGGUUCUUGGUAUCCAACGGAGCCAGAGGUCACCGCAUCCUCAAGCCCAGAAAUUCGACGACAUGGAACGCCUGAUCUUGGACUCCAAGCUCUCCGGUGAUGAAGAGGACUUGUAUGCCCGCAGUCUACAAGUCGAACCCUCCACCGGUGGCGAAGCCGGACGCAAGAAGUUCGGCUGGCUACGCGCAUAG